GUACCAUGGAUGAUUCCAGAUGAGCUUGGCGUGGAGGUUCUGGUCCUUUGUGUAUUCUUGAUCCUCAAGACCGAGGGGCUACGCCUCGAUGAGGUUGCUAUUGAUGCAAGCAAUGCGAGCACGGCCAAAUUCCGUGUUCCACUUCGGCUUGGUGUGUUCAAGCUGGGUCUACAAACAAGCCUUUUGGCUUGGACGCUUGGGGGCCAAGACACCAAAGAGAUCGGUGUUGUGGUCUUCAAGCAAGGGAAAAGUGUCGGGGCGACCUGGUACAGCGAUACCGGGCAAUAUCCUUUCGGCUUCGCGCUUCGCUAUGCCAAGCUUAUCCCAAGCUUCAAGAAAUCGCCGAUCCAGUGGCGACAGGAUGCCCAGCAGGUGGACAACUUCCGAUUGGAUCAUUGCAAAGCGUAUCUGUGUCAGCACAUCCCGGCUGAUCUGUGGAAGGAUGCGCAAAUCAACGAAGUCAUUGAGUACUUAUACUCAAACAAGGAGCUGCAGCUGACACCAGAACAGAAGGAGAUGGUUCGCGGGCUGUCGCGUGACUUCGCCGGCUAG